UGGAUUCCUGUGAAUGGAGAUUACUGUUAAACAAUUUCUCUUUUGUUGUUUGCUUGGUGAAUCGACAUUUUGGUGCAUAAGUAAAUGAUAAGAUGAGAUAACAAAUGCAAUGUGACCUCACAUAACACAAUCAAAUAUGAAAUGGAGCUAUAGCCUUGUAUUAUAAGUGCUCUCUAGUUUCUAGAAUGGAGAGGAAUCAGUACCCUUAUGCCUUUACCUGUAUAUCGGAAUGGAAUGAGAUCUAUAGGUAGUUGGGUUUACCAAACGUAUAAGGAAGCAAAUAAAUGAGUUUUUGUAACGUGACUUGUAACCAACAAUUGGGCGAACUUAGUUGAAAUCCAAAUCCCAUAUAUGAUUAAUUAAGUUGUAGUUAUUUUUGAGCCCAUCAUACAAACUACACCUGCAUCAUUCUCCAGAUGCAAUGAAGCUCCAGCUCGAGAACCGGACCCAUACAUCUCAUUGACCAUCUGAUUCUGAGGGCUGCUAUUGAUAAUUAAGCUUGCCUUUAGAAACGGUGGUUAAUUUGCCCAUGUGGUGUGGCAGUCUGGAAGAUGAAACGCAAUAAAUGGUGAAAUGGAAAUUGAACUAAAGAAUUUUUCUACUUCCUCUGUCUGUUGUCUUUAACUGACUAGUGGUGACCAUAAGGUGAUGGAAUCCAAUAGUAAGACAUUCAAUUAUAUAUAGGCUGUUGAGCGAUCAGUUGCUACUUUUGUCUGAUUUAGAUAAUCAUUCAUUUCAUAUAACAGCAGCAGUCGCGCAGAGCAGUCAAUGCACUGACACAUCGGCCCACGGUCGCUGCCCUGCUAGCUUGUUAUCCUCAAAUCUACAUUCGCUGAAGCAGCAGCCAUGAUUAAGUAACUAAAGAGAUUGAUGCCACCAACAACCGCAAGGGAAAUAUUAAUAAACCGGCUGCAAAACCUACUGCCAUGUCACAUUCCACUACCCCAUCUCGCUUCAGACUCAAUUCCAAAACCAAGGAGGCUGCUAAUGGUUCCUUAUCCCCAGCCCAGGAAGCAAGAGCAAAAUCAGUUCCUCCAGAUGUGAAGAAAGACUCGAAGCUCAAGAGGUCUUUAAUGCUUAACAAGCAGAAAUCUGGGGAGCAAUUGCUUGGAUCUCAAAAUGGUGUUAAAGUCGUGGCUCGCUCCGUCAACCGCCCAGUUGUCGAGCAAUUUGCUAAGCCAAGGCGGCUGCCGCAGCUGGACUCUAGUGCUAGGCGAAAAGAAGAAGGCGACAAGGAAUUGCAGGAGAGGCUUCAAUUGAAUGAGAUUUUGAUUAAGGAUUUGCAGUCUCAAGUUUUGGCUUUGAAGGCGGAGCUGGAUAAGGCACAGAGCUCCAAUGACGAGCUCGAGUUGCAGAAUAAGAAGCUUGCGCAGGAUCUUGCUGCUGCUGAGGCCAAGGUUGCAGCUUUUCAUAUUCGUGACCAGGAGUCAAAUGGAAAGCAGAAAAGCCCUAUAUUUAAGGACAUUCAGAAACUCAUUGCAAACAAAUUGGAGAAUUCAACAGUUAAAAAGGAGGCAAUCAAUGGGCCAACUAUAGUUAAAUUACCGUGUCCACCGCCGCCGCCACCACUGCGUCUCAUGCCCAAAGCUGCUGACGCAGGAAGAGAGGCUCAAUCUGUCUCCUCUUUGCCACUGCCACCUCCUCCACCGCCCCCGCCCCCAAUGAGACCCGUAGCGAGAGCAGCCGCUGCUCCAAAAAUUCCCGCAGUUGUAGAGUUCUAUCACUCCUUGAGAAAGCAAGAGGAGAAGAGAGAUUCUAACCAGGGAGCAGGGAAUCAGUAUAAACCAGCUGUCGCAAGUGCUCACAGCAGUAUUGUUGGAGAGAUUCAAAAUCGGUCUGCACAUCUAUUAGCUAUUAAAGCUGACGUUGAAACAAAAGGAGAUUUUAUCAACGGACUUAUCCAAAAAGUGCUAGCUGUGGCAUAUGUCGACAUUGAAGAUGUACUAAAAUUUGUGGAUUGGCUUGAUGCUGAACUAUCAACACUGGCUGAUGAGCGUGCUGUGUUAAAGCAUUUCAAUUGGCCAGAGAGGAAAGCUGAUGCCAUUAGAGAAGCUGCUAUUGAAUAUCGUGCCCUUAAAUUAUUAGAAAAUGAGAUAUCUUCCUUUAAGGAUGAUACUGACAUUCCGUGUGAAACUGCAUUGAAAAAGAUGGCCAUCUUACUUGACAGGUCUGAGCGAGGAAUUGGAAGGCUGAUCAAACUUCGGAAUUCAGUUUUGCGUUCCUAUCAAGAUUGGAAAAUUCCAAUCAAUUGGAUGCUUGAUUCUGGAAUAGUUAGCAAGAUAAAGCAGGCUUCUAUGAAGCUAGCGAAGAUGUAUAUGAGAAGAGUGAUAAUGGAGCUUGAAUUGGCCCGAAAUUCAGAUCGGGAGUCCAGUCAAGAAGCAUUGGUGCUUCAAGGUGUGCAUUUUGCAUAUAGGGCUCACCAGUUUGCUGGAGGUCUUGAUUCAGAAACAUUGUGCGCUUUUGAAGAGAUAAGACAGCAUGUUCCAGGACAUCUAGGACGAUCUCGAGAAUUGAUAGCUGCCAUACCAUCAUCAUGAAAGCGGAUAAGAUUAACUCGUUUCACAGAUGUUAGUUUUAGAGUUUCUUGUAUGAAUAUCAGUGAUUAAGCAUUUGUUUAAUUAUUUUUUUUCAUUCCCUUGGUUAUUCAAUUUCUGUAAAAAGGUUUUUUAGUGGCUGCGUGCGCGCACAAAGAGAUGAAAUUGAUGUAAUAAUUUGUAUUCCUAGAUUGAAACAGAAUGUAGUAUAUAAAGCAGAGUUUGAGAACAACUAGCUGCAUAACUCAUUGAUUGCA